CAUUCAUUUCCUCAAGGCCAAAACUUUCUCUAAAGCCUAAAGACGACAUUAUUUUGAAGAGUUUUGAAUCUUCAUAUAAUGCUGUCGAUAUCACUUGCAUUAUCCGUUUCGUUUUUGGCGUUCUGCGUGUCUUCGGCUCUAGGGGAAAAAGAUGUCAAACUAUACAAGCGUUCAGCGAAAAAAACCGGGCUUUCCAAAUCAUGUCAAGCCACAGUUUGGUCAACGUGGAGCAGCUGUGUGUUUUGUGAUUUUUCUUCUGUAAGUAAACGAACACGAAAGGACGGUAAAUGUUCAACGAUUACAGAGACACGUCCUUGUAGAACUGGAGAAUGUGAGCACAACUGUCAUGAAGACAGUAAAACAUGCAGUUGUUAUUCUGGUUACUAUUUAAUUAAUGGUAAGAAUUGUGCAAACAUCAACGAAUGUCAAACAAAAGGUGGUCGAGGUCCUUGCAGCCAAUACUGUCAUGAUGUACCUGGUUCUUACAAAUGUUUUUGCAAAAAAGGUUACCGUUUGAAAUAUCCAACCAAAUGCGAAUUACUUGAUUGUGGGAAGCCGCAAUUUUCAAACUGUCCCCCAGUUAAACGGUCCACUGCAGAAGAAGAUCACCUCAAUAUAUGCAGCAAAGUGAACGUGUCAUGUUUAAAUGGCACUAAAUACAAUGCCGAGUGCUUUUUAUCCUGUCCAAAGUACUAUACACUUGCUUUAAAGCGGCGAACAAUAAUAUGGUCAGAUUACUCCAGAUUUGAAUUUCCGAAUGCAAGCAGCAAAAUCAUUUGCCACGAUCUAACACCAAGUAUAGGUAAGUGGCAUUCCCGAAUAGACGACUAUUACUGCAGGCGUAGCAAUGAUCCACCAAUGGAAAUCAAGCUUGUCGGCACAAGUGUCAAAGAAAAACUUCCACCGGGGAGUGUGGUUGGGAAACUAAGUACGAGAGAUGAACAGCUCGACCAAGACAUGAUCUAUUCUGUGCGGAACAGUUCUUAUUUUAGAUGUAAUGGUUCCAUUCUUGUUACCAUGGUAACACUCAUAUGGGAGGCAAGUCAGUCCAACUCGUACGCAGUUUUCAUCCGAGUGCAAGACAACGGUAUGCCAUCGAUGUGGCGGGAAAAGAAGUUUUUAAUUUACGUUGAAAACGUGAACGAUGUUCCACGUGAUAUUGAGAUUUCUAGGAAUUGGGUUUACGAGAAUGCCACGCGUGGGGCAAUUGUGGGAGUUUUGAGUGCUAUUGACGACGAUUUAGGAAAUUAUAGAACGUCAAACUUUUCAUGGAAAUUAUUGAAAGAUAAGACAGAUAGUUUUAAUAUCAGUGGAAGCAAUGUCAUAGUAAGAAGAAAAUUGAAUUAUGAUGUCGCAAAACUGUUUUACAUAAAGGUUUCUUGUUCAGAUGGUUUUUCAUCGACUGUUCAAAAUAUCCCCAUUUAUGUUAUAGAAAGACCAACAUUAACUUUAACUGGAUCUCAUAUAGCAGAGAAUUCGGAAAGGGGAACCGUUGUUACAAUGAUUAAAGUUGAAUCUGAAGGUGACAGAGAUAUGAAAGUAAUGAUAACAGAAUCAACUCCUAAUGCAACGCAUAAACUUAAACUAAAUCCCGAUCCAAGAUGCGUACGUCACAUCAAAAUCAUUAAAUACAAAACGACAUGCUAUGCAAACAUUACGGUCAGUGGUCAAUUGGAUUACGAGGUCGCGAAUGGUUACUUAUUACAGAUUUACGUCACAGAUGGCGUCCUCAGUAAUUUUGCAAAAUGGAAUAUAAGCGUGUUGAACAUGAAUGAAAAGCCAACGGAACUAGAAAUAAAUGGUUUACAAGAAAUAGCAGAGAAUACGAUAGGUGGGACUGAUAUUGGGUUUUUAAUGAUUUCGGAUCCAGACAACAAGAACAAAAUAACUCAAACACAUUUCUGUAGGAUCACCAACAACGGCAGCGAUGGGAAAUAUUUUCAUAUCGAAAGUCCACGAAAUUCUCUACAGAUAAAGAAAAAUAAAUUUUUAAAUUAUGAAGCACAACAAUCGUACAAGAUCGUGAUAAAAUGUGAAGAUAGCGGAUUUCCACCAUUGAGUAUAACUCGUGAAUUUACUAUCAAUGUUACAGACAUGGAUGAACCCAUUGAGAAUCUCACUCUUUCAAAUAACAGAGUUUUGGAGAAUUCAGAUGUUGGUGCAGUUAUAGGAAUCUUAGCCGCCCAUGAUCCCGACGCACACGACGAUACAUCAAUAGCAUUCGCUAUAAUUCACCCUACGUAUUCACCAUUUUUCCUUAGAGGAAAAAACAAUGAAAUUUUGGUCGUCAACGAAUCUUUGAAUUAUGAAGAAAACUCUGAUUACGUCAUUACAAUAGGAGUGACCGAUUCUCAAGAUAGAUAUUUUCAAUCACCUUUUGUCAUCCACAUUAUUGAUGUGCCAGAAACGCCAACAGACAUUAUUAUGGACAGACAUUUCAUGAAAGAGAAUUUAGAGACUGGUUCGCCCAUCAGCAACAUAACGAUGAUCGAUGAAGACAGCAACACGAUUACGACGUGUAUUUUGGUAAAAGAUGGCGAUGGCAGGAUCGCAGUGAAUCGGACAUAUUUAGUCGCAGGAAACGUGAAUACAGAUUAUGAAGAAGAUGCAACACAUAUGAUCGAAAUUACGGUCAAAUGUUGUGAUCAAGACAAACUUUGCUUGACAAAAGAUUUCAAUAUAUCAAUUCGAGAUGUGAAUGAACCACCCAAAGAUAUAAUCAUCACAAGCAACUUAAGAGUUCCAGAAGAGAAGAAAAACGUCACAAUAGGUCAGAUAACAACGGUAGAUGCCGACAUCAAUCCACAAUACAAUUGUAUUGUAAUUUCUAGUGUUGAGGAGGCAUUGUCUAUCGAUAACGAUAACCAAACGCUACGUUUGAAGAAAAAACUAAACUUUGAAAAGAAUUCAUUUGUCUUAUUUGAAAUCACGUGCACCAACAGAGACUCCAUGCCGUACACUAAACAAUUCACGUUAAACGUCACGGAUGUAAAUGAAACACCAAAAUCCGGAUGUUUGAAACACAUCAUUGUUUCGAAUAACCAUUCUUAUGGAAGUGUUCUAGCUAGUUUGAAUGUUACUGAUCCCGAUAAUGAAUAUCCAAAAGAUAUUUGCAAACCCAAGCAGCGUUUAACAUAUAGAGAAAUCUCUGAAAGCCCGUUACCAUUUGAAAUAAUUGAUGGAUAUUUAGUUAAAACAGGAGAACUUGAGAAAAACAGAACUUAUGUUUUGUGGAUUUCCGUUUAUGAUGACGGCGUUUUGUUAAAUUCAUCUUCAUCUUUGAUCAUGUCGGAAAGGAAAGAAAUUAAGUUUAAUUGUACCAUAACUUGUCAAGACGCAAGUGACGAGAUGAUUACUUUAUCAUCAAAUGAAAUCAAAGAAGGAGCGCUCAAUUAUACCAUCGUCGGAUAUUUAUACAUGGGACAUACGCAUGCGCUCAACACAACAUUCAAGUUGAUAAAGAACAAGUGUGAUGCAAGUCCCUUCUAUAUAAAUACCAAUCAGCUGAGGUUGCGUUUGCCAUGGAAAAGGAAGAUUUCAUUUGAGGAUACGCAGACUGUGCCGAAAUAUUUUCACAUCAAAAUACGAGAGAAAGGAUCUCAACGAGAAGAAAUGUUUAUCAUAUUUGUGAAAGAGAAUAAAGACAAAAGAUAUGGCAUAUGUCCAACAAAAGUAGAAAUUGAAAUAUCAAAGACUAUCAACAGACGCUUUAAGCUUGUCGCCAUUCAAAAUAUCAAUGGAUCACUAGAGAAAUGUAACAACAAUAGCAACAAUAGUCGCACGUUAUCCUACCAAUGUACAACAAAACUCAACUUAAAAAAAAGCUCAAAGAUUUUUGGCGAGGUUUCACUAAAUCAUACAAUCACAGUUGACAAAGAUUUGUUCAUGACUAUAAACAUCAAAACAGAGAAGCAACUAAAUGUAAAGGAUUAUGCUUUCAUUGAUAUCAUCUGCUCCGAGCCAAAGAGAUUUAUUUCAUACGUGAAAGGAUCCGUCAGAGUGUCUUACAUUCAACACCAACAAUGUGAAAUCCAUCGUCUUAAAACAGAGGAGAGCCUGUGUGUGGAGAAAGCUUGCCCAGAGGACAGCAUUUGUUCAAAGCUUGAGAAUGCUGAAAAAAGAUGCGUGCCUAACGAAAUGCAACUAUAUAUAGUUGUGUUAUCAAUGAAAGAGAAUUCCAGAAAGCUUUGUAAGCUCAAGCGCUGUCUUCAACAAAUCCUCGAUGAUACCAAAUCAGAAUGUUUAUCAACGUGGAGUGCUGAACGUCGUGAAAAACGCGAAGUGCGUACCCGUAUGUACCUAAAUAUUCUAAGCACAACCAAGAUUAAAGAUGAGAAUGUCUUACUUAAAGCAGCCAUUUGGGAAAAGGACGUAAAUAACAAACUUAUAUUAGUUUCACCAGACCGUCUUCCAAAGUUCCCGGAUAUUGAUGACGUCAUGCUCAUAACACCGAAAGAAUGUGACCUUUUGAAAAACUUUGGUAUAAAAUGUCCAAUCAGCAAUUUGACAAAUAGCUCCAUGGGGAAAAGAUCAAAAAUCUCAUUGCAUUCAAUAAAAAUCAGAGUAAUAGUUGGUUUGGUUUGUUCCAUACUACUUGUUAGUGUUGUGAUUGCCGUCUUUUACUGCCUUUAUAAGCGACGUUUGUUUAAACAACGUAUACAAAAGAAAAAGGUGAAUCAAAAUCAAUCUGCGCACCACUUCUCUAAUGCAGGAUUUGAUGGCUUACCACUGAACCAGUUUCCUGUUAUUGUACAAGAAUCAACCACAGAUGAUAUGACGACGAAGGAUUGCAGUGUUAACAAUCCACUCAACAAUAAUACAGUUGAUGUUGAGAAAAUUAAAAACGAAGGAGAUGACAGCCAUUUGUAUCAAGAAACACAAAACAAUCCUUCAUUCGGAAAAUAUGAAACACCAGAUUUUCCGAGACCA